GGUGCGCGGCAGCAUGGCUGAAGGCCGAGGGCGGCCGCCGGUCGCCGCCACGCUCACGCUGCUGUUGUCGCUUGGCGUCUCCGUGCCCGGGCUGCUGCGGGCCGGGCCCGCCGCCCGCUCCGCCGCCUCGUUGCGGCCUGCCGCCCUGCGCUCGGGGGAAGUUCACAGGUUAGUUACCUACAUCUUUGUCUAUGAAGACCUGAUAUCCUUGACCUGCGGUGCCAUUAUCAUCUGGUAUUUUGCUGGCAGCUUUGAGAAGAACGUUGGCACUGUGAAGCACUGCUUCCUCACCAUCGCAUUUGCUGUCCUCUCCGCCCUCCUGUUCCUCUUACUCGAGACCAUUGUCUUGAGGGUGACAGAGGUGGAGGAUGCCAAAGGAUUCAUGCCAGUAGCUUUUGCUAUGUUGGGUGUGUCCACCACCCGCUCGCAGAUGAAGAGGACCCUGUUUUUUGGGGUUAGAGUUCCAGUGAUGCUGGUGCCAUGGUUUAUGCUCUGUAUAGCAUGGUUUAUCCCCCACUCUUCUCUCUUGAGUAACCUGUGUGGGCUCCUAACCGGAGAAGCCUAUGGCCUUGGAUACUGUUUCUGCUUGGAUUUUCCAGAGUCGGUGGGCUCUAAGCUGGACCGGGUGUUCCCUUUCAGCCUGCUAAAGAGGAUACCAGGGCUGAAAUAUAUCCCAGGGUCCUUAGCAGAGAGAAGAGCCCUUGAAAGUAGCAAAUGCAGCACCCCGGUGUUCAGAGCCAGGGGUUUCAACACCACUGCGCUCCAGGAUACGGCCAUGCUCUGGGACACGAGGGAUCUCAGCACAGCCAUGCUGCAGGACACAGCCUCACUUCUUCCCCCUACCAAGCCAGAAAAGCCUUUGGAGAGUGUUACGUGCAGGCCCCCGCUGGAGCCUCACCGGGCCAGUGCUGCCAGGGCAAGUUCUCUCCCCCACAGCGUGUGUGCCCGACUGAUCCACAGACGCCUGCAGGUGUGGGCCCCCUGGCUGGGGUUCAGGAAGCAUCAGGAUACCCAACAGCCACAGUGGUUUCUGUUUCAGCUGAAUUUUCAACAGUCCAGGUGUACUGAUCCUCCAGGAAGCAGCAAGGCUAUCAUACAGUGGCAGGACCAUUGUGUGAUCCUCCAGAAAGCUGCAGGAGCAUCUCUGCUGUCUCAGGGGUGACUAGUGGAAUGGGUUGGUAGCUCGACUGUAGGCCAUUCCCCUGCUCCCUGGCACAAGUUACUUUAAUUAUAUUUUCUUUAUUUUUCUUUUUUAAAAUUCUUUUAUACUGCUGGGGGAUAGGGACUCUGUCACCUCUGUGUACUUCUCACCCUUUUGUAGUCUUUUUUCACUUUCAUUUAGCAGCUGACUUUUUCCACACUGCCACUAGAGUUAUGGUGCGUCAACUCCCCAACUCAAGCUAGGAGCCUAACUGGCAAAACACUGGAUUAAUCUGGAGUUUAACUAGGCUGCAGCAAUGAGGACAUGUUCCAUCUACACUGAGGCUCUUAGCCUCCUAUCUUGUUUACAGGUUUGAUGUAGUUAGGACCUAAAAGAGGUUGAAAUCAUGGAAGCCUUGGUUUAUAACUUAACAUGUGAGUGGAGAGGGACAGAUAUCUGUUCUACUAGUGACUUCUCCACUAAGUGUGCCUUGAAGUGGGCUUGUUAAAGCAGGGCUGGGGUAAGAGUGCAGAAUACCCUUUUCUGCCCCCCCAACCACAGCUCUAAAAUGCUGAAGGUCCUUCUUAGCUUCAGUCUGUGCAUGCAUCAACAUGUUGCCUUCAUUUCCUGGUAGCACUGCACUAGCCCAGCCUGUGUUGCCAGAGCUUGUCCAUAAGGCAACCACAGAUACAUGAAAAGUAGUGGAAGACAUUAAUAAGGGAUUUGGACCAUUUGUGGAGCAAACGUGUAACGAUCCAAGCAGCUGGGAGGGACCUUAACAGUGGGUUAGAAGAAUUAACUGGAAUGUAGCAAUUCCACUGGGGGUGUUCACACUGCUCAGCUUCAGAUGUCUCACCCACCAGUAUUAGCACAAUCUCUCCCUGUUUUCUUCAGAGCUGGUGGAAGGGUGUGUGGGAGAGGGGAGUUUAGCAAGGGAUUCAGAGCAGGAUGCAGUGUUUGGUGCCUGUGGUGGUAGUGAAGGAAUUCAGUCAAGUUGGUGGGACUUGAAUUUUAUUUCCAGCUGUGUAGCUGCUUUACUGUGCCAUGCCCAGGAGGAAUCUGCUGUCUCUGUGUCUGUAAAUCAGCCAGGAUCUCAACUGUUGCCCUUGAUUCUUUGCUUAGAGUUUGAUUGUGCUCCAAAAAAAAAAAAAAAAAAUGCUAUAUGAAGCACAAAGUGC